UAUCCCUUGCCCAAAGUAUGGCACCUGUUGCAGUGGGAUGCAGUUUUGUGCUGAGGAGCUCGGGACGUGUGAGGAAUGUUUUCCGCUGGACAUCACGACAAGAGAAGAGCGUCUCAAGUUGUGUAGUGAGAUGGCAAAGAGUACAAACACACGUUCAAUGCGACAUUACUCUUGUAGCCCGGCUUGCUAUCACUCGUUUUCUCAUGGUGAAAUAAGUAACUACACAGAACAAGCGCCAGCGAAAACAACUAAAGAACUCAUAGAUGGAUUGAUAGCCGAAUAUAAAAGCUCUAGACACAAACAAUUAAGGAAAAUUAGAAUGGACAUAAAAAAUAAGACAGAACGUUUAAGUUAUCUUGAAGAUCAAGUACAAAAUUUGAAAAUUAACGGUCAGAAGCAGGACGAUAAGAUGGUGACAUUAUUGAUAAUAGGAACCACUUCCCUCGUACUAGCUACAACCAUAGCAAUCGUUUGUAUAAUUCUGAGAGUGAUGUGGUGGUUGAAACAACGAAAACGAAAAUAUAAAUGUAAAAAAAUAGAACCCGAUUUCGAAGAGUCCAAACAAUUAUUUCAAAAGAAAAACAUUUUGGAAAAUGAAAGAUUUAAACGUCUACUCUCUGAUCCAGAUAACAUAAAAUGUAUACAAGAUCAAAUAAAUAAAUAUUUGGCGACAGUUAAAGAUUUACCGUUACAUCUCAAGGCAUUUAAAGACAAUAAAUAUCAAUCAAAUGACAAUAAAUCAGGCUGCAAUAUUGAGGACGAACGGGUUGUUUUUCGUGGAAAUAGAGAAAGAAAGAAAAUGAAAAAGAAUAUGUCUAGGAAAAAUAAAAAAAAUUUAAAGAAAGGAGAAGACCUAGCUAUCCAUUGGGCUGAUAAAUGUUUCUUGACCUCCGCAUAA